UUGGUAGUUUUAGCUCUUCGCCUUUUUGUUUAUAGCGCGGAAAAAUUACAAACAAAAAAGUUAUUCAGUUGCGUUAAUCACUCGUCAUACAUUCAAUGAUUCAUUCCCUAUUAGAUCGUCCGUGUUCAUAGAUCAUUGUGCCGUAUUGUUUUCAAUUAUUCUUUAGUGUAUUUGGAAUGGUUCUGUGAUAAACUUGCUAAUUGAUUUUAUGAAUUUUGUGUAUAUGUUGGAGAUUGAAGAGAAAUCAAGUUGGAAAUAGAACAACAAUAAGAAGAAGAUAAAGAAUUUGAGAAAAAAAAAAAUAAAUAUUCAAGUCAUUUAUUGUGGAAUCAAAACGUGUAUGGGCCACAACCUUUAUCUUAUCACAUAAUAAAUGAAAUAAUCGCGAACGUAUAAGAAACUUUAUUUUAUCGAUUUUUUUUUUUUGGUGAGAGAACUGAGAAGGAAAAAUAAGACUCAAUUCAGUUGAAGUUGAGACAUCGAACAGUAAAUGACAUACAUAUCCGCAUAUCUUUAAUUCCGACAAAAUAGAAAAUAAUAUUCAACUAGGAAAUAGAAUAUAAAGUACAAUGUCUGUACAGUUCACACAACAACAACAGGUGGUUCAAAUAAAUGUUGAUCCACAUGAUGAGGAAGAUGAUACACAACGUCUGCAGUCGCCGGGUGCAAGAGUUCCACUCGAUCGUAUGACGAGCAGAGAGGAGCGUAAUGAGCGUUCUCGUGUGAAGAGGAUCUUUGAUAAGUACGACAGAGACAGAAAUGGAUUCCUCAGCAAGAAAGAACUAGGAAGGCUAAUCAAAGAAAAUCCAGGACAAUGUCAAGAUCUGCCAAAAGGAAUUGCUAAAGAGAUUCUUAAAUACGCAGACAUUGACGGUGAUGGUCAGCUGGAUUUUGAGGAAUUUUACAAACUUAGUCAGGAGCACAAAUGGAUUGUCAGAGACUUUUGUGUGAAAUAUUGUCGUUAUGUCGUUCCACGACGUGAUGGUGCCAUUCAUGAUGAAACAGCGUCUGGAUAUUCUGUAGGUUCCGCAUAUGAAACAGUAGAUGGAGCGUACGAGAAUCAAAUGAAAUUUUUCCCACCUCCCUUGACGAUGGUCAUCUUUAGUAUCAUAGAAGUUAUAUUCUUUAUCGUAGAUAUAGUUUAUUUAAAUGAUUACAAAGAAACCGACUUCAAGAAUGUCGGAACCAGUGUCAACGGACCGAUGGCAACGAUGUUCAUCUACAAUCCACGAAAGCGAGAGGAAGCCUGGCGUUUCGUGACUUACAUGUUCGUUCAUGUCGGAGUAAUGCAUAUCUUAAUGAACUUAAUCGUUCAAAUAUUUCUCGGAACUGCCCUUGAGUUAGUACAUUGUUGGUGGAGAGUUGCUUUAGUAUAUUUAUCAGGUGUUCUAGCUGGUUCAAUGGGCACAAGUAUUGCAAAUCCACGAAUCUACUUGGCAGGUGCAUCGGGUGGUGUUUAUGCAUUGAUUACUGCACAUAUAGCUACAAUAAUCAUGAACUGGCAAGAAAUGGAAUAUGCAUUUUUACAACUCUUUGUUUUUCUCGUGUUUUGUGGAACUGACAUUGGAUUCAGUGUCUAUCGACACAUAACUGAUCCAUUCGAUCGUGUUGGAUAUAUGGCACAUCUUUGUGGUGGAAUUGCUGGUCUUUUAGUUGGUAUUGGUGUGCUACGAAAUUUGAAUGUUCGUCCAUAUGAGAAGAAACUUUGGUGGUUGGCAAUAACUUUAUAUUCAGCACUGAUGAUUUCAGGCAUUUGCUUCCAUAUCUUUAAUCCAGACUACUUUAUGUUUGAGAAAACGAAUCCAACACCGUCAGAAUCUGGAUUUCCUUAAUUUUAAGUAGAAUAAUUAUUUUAUGUCCUAAAAUUUACUUGUGUGAGGAUAGACUUAAAGUAUUGAUGAUUGACAAGACAAUUAAGGUUUAAGAUUUAAAAACAAUUUAGACUUAAUUGAGCAGUUUUGAAAAAGAAGGAAUGUCGCAUUUAAAAAUGAUUUAUUAAAAGUCAUCACACUAGAUUAUAGCUUGAAUUAAUCUUUGACUAAUUUAUAUGAACCCAAACAACUGCGGGACUGAAAUUCUUAAAUGAGACAAUUUACGCUAACUUCACACAAAUAAAUCCCAACUUUUCAUUCUCAGAUAUAUUUUACUCAACUUAGUUCUUUUAAAAAAAUGAUACAAAUUUAAAUAUAUGCACAAAUUAUUUCAAUAAUCAGAGGGUGGAACCGCCUUAGAUUUUCACAUUCGUAAUUUUAG